AUGGUCCGAUCCACAGCAAUCUUGCGGCAAGCCGUGCACGCCCUCAGCCGAACGCCCCACCCAACACUAGCUCUCUCCCCGGCUGUCCGCUCCGCCUUGAAUCCAAAGACAAGGGCGCCCGUCGUCGCGCUGGAAUCGACCAUCAUCACACAUGGCCUGCCCUACCCUUACAACCUCGAGGUGGCACAGGAGCUCGAGCAAACAGUGAUCGACCACGGCGCCGUUCCCGCAACUAUUGCGCUGCUCGAUGGAAAGCCUCUGGUCGGCUUGGACGAGCCUCAGCUCGAGCGUUUGGCACGAUGCGCUAUCGAUCCGAGCAAGAACACGGCGAUCAAGGCGAGCCGCAGAGAUAUUGCACACGUCUUGUCAAAGGGCCACGGAUCCGUAGGCGGCACCACCGUCAGCGGCACCAUGGUGCUCGCUCAUAUGGCCGGUGUUCCCAUCUUUGCGACCGGCGGUAUCGGAGGUGUCCACCGUGGCGCCGAGUCCACCAUGGACAUCUCUGCCGACUUGACCGAGCUCGGUCGUACCCCUGUCGCCGUCUUUUGCUCGGGCCCCAAGUCGAUCCUCGACAUUCCCCGCACGCUCGAGGUCCUCGAGACCUUCGGAGUAUCUGUCACCACGUUCAACCCCACAGGCGAAUUCCCGGCCUUCUAUACAUCCAACUCCGGUCUCUCUGUCCCCUAUGCUGGAACGGACGCCCAGGCAGCAGCCGCCAUCUUCGCCAAUGCUCAGCUGGGCUUGCAGAGCGGCCACGUCUUUGCCAACCCCAUCCCAUCGGAAUGGAACGAGGUCGGACAGCGCAUCCAGCAAAGCGUCGAGCAAGCGGUUCGCGAAUCGGUCCAGCAAGGCAUCGACAAGAAGGGCAAAGAGGUGACGCCGUGGCUGCUCAAGCGCCUCGCUGAACUCAUCCCCGAGAGCAAGAAGAGCAACCGUGCCCUCGUCGUCAACAACGCAAAGAAGGCCGCACAAGUUGCCGUUGAGCUCAACCGCAUCGAGAACGAGGUGCAGCAGGCAGCAGGCACUUAUGCGCUCGGUGGCAUCCCGCAGACGCAGCCAUCAACAGGCAAGGCGGGCAUCUUGAUCUUCGGAGCCGCAGCGGUGGACAUUACUUCGCAAACGCAAUCGGCGGGAACAGCGUCCAAGCUUGCCGCAACCACCUACCCUGGCCGCGUGUCGAUCACGCUUGGCGGUGUAGCGCGAAACAUGGCCGAGACGGCUACCCGCAUUCUUUCGCCUCUACACACUCGAAGCACACCUUCGCCCGUCAAGCUUGUAACCCCUCACGGCGACGACGACUUUGGUCUCCUGCUGCGGACGGGCUUGGAGCACGCAGGCAUGCGUACCGAUGGGCUCUUCGUGCCCUCUGGCAACCACAGAACGGCGGUUUGUUCCCUCAUGAUCGAUGAUUCCGGCGACCUCAUCUCUGGUGUUGCCGAUAUGGACAUCGGAAAGGCGGCUCUGACUUCGACUUCGACUUCUGUCGACGUGAAGUCGCUACUGGAGUUCGAAGCACCUCGAUUCGUCGUCUUCGACGGCAACAUUGGCCAAGCCCACGCAGACGAGCUUUUGAAGGCUUGUCGAGCCUACAAUGCAAGCAGUGAGACAGUGCGAGGAAGCCGGCCGGCCGUCCUGACGGUGUUUGAGCCGACAAGUGUCGCCAAGUCCGUCACUGUGCUCUCGCACUUUGCUGCCGCAGCGGCGGACGGCACCAAGAAGCAGCCCAUCAGCUUCACGACCCCCAACGCAGUGGAGCUCGAUCGGAUUCACGCUGCCGCCCUGGACUAUGGCCUUGUCGAUCCCACGAAGAUCCAACCCACAAGGCUAGCCAGCUCGGUCCCCUCCUCUGUUCUCCCUCAAACCGUGCUCGACAAAGCUCAUGAUUUGGUGCAGGCGGGAAUCUUUAAAACCGUCUUGUUGAAGGUGGGCCGCCACGGAGUUGUCACGAUCGAUGCCUCGCGCGCUCAACAUCAUCCCGUACCUGCAGGCAAGGUAGAAGUCGUCAACACGACUGGCUGCGGCGACAGUUUUGCCGGUGCUUUCGCAGCCAGCCUCUUCCACUUGCUGGCGCAGAGUCAAGGGACACGAGCGGUGGCUGGGAGGUCAUCUCCUGGUGACCAGCUCGACCUUGCCGUCAGGGUUGGCCAGCUGGCAGCGAGGAGGACACUCAUUUCGACAAACGCGGUAGGCGAAGGGAUGGAGGAUCUCCUGCUCAAACAGAUCAGAAACACAUGA